AUGACAUGAACGAACUGGAAAACAAAGAGAUAUGCACGCAAGUUAUGUUGCUUUUCUCACGCUAUCACAAGAACUUCCCGAAAAGAUGGCAUGCAGUCGGGGUUGCGAGAUGGCUCUGCCAAUUCCCAACCAACUCUGCUGUCCGCCUCCAGCGAAACGAGCCCGCCACAAAAAAGGCUCUGCAAUUGCGAAGAUGGCAUUGCUGCCUGGCCAGCGAUGCAUGGGAAACAAUCACUUCUGGAUGCCCACUGAAGAUUACACGGUCUGAAAGCCAAGUGCCUGCCCUCUCAAUGGAAGACAUCCUAGGAGACCUCAACCAUCUGGAUCCGAUUGUUCGUCAACGGUUCAUUUCUGACAACAUUGAACGACUCAUACAAUACGCUGUUUCGUACUCCAAGUCGGUGUCUGUCCUGCGUGAUGCUCUGCACAAGACCAACAGGCCCGAUAGCGAUGUUCCGAGCACGGCUGAAAUCGAUGUGUGGGUAAGAGACUUGAUGGUAAUCGAGCAAGACAUUGUCGGCGAUAUGGCACAGGACACCCGUUCAUCGGAUGAAUGUCUGCGGCUUACUGCCUACCGUUUCCAGAUUCAUCAUGGCGCCACGCACAUUGCCCUCCUACGACCAUACCUCUUUGUAACGCCAUCUGGCCUAGCGGCCCAAGAGAAAUCUAAGUGGGAAUACAAGAUGAAACAGGACAUGACUGCCACGGUUGGAAAAGUGAUCUCCACCCUCGAAACAGUCAUCGGGGCCCGUCUUCUUUCACAUCUUGGUCAUGGCCUCACAUGUGUAAUUGUUCCCGUGGCCCAAUAUUGCCUUGUUCAGCUCGCUUCUCAAGAAGAAGAUGAACGCAAGAUUGCUCAACACAGGUUCGACUCGUGCAUGAUCAUCAUUGAUGAACUGCGCAAAAUUGACGGUCAUGCACUUACUUUGUCUAACUUACUCAAGGCUGCGCGUGACAACCUCGUUCUCAACGCUAGACAGGAAUCGAGCGCCCCUGAUAUCUCAGUCAUGUUCUCAGGACAAGAUCAACCGAGUAUGGACUUUAGCAAUGUAGCUUUGGAGGAUUGGGACACAGCUAUGACGACAGUGUUCUGGAACGGCUUCUCCCCACUCGAAUCAACAUGAUGCGGGCUUACCCUGCUGCCUUUCUACGUUCUAGAAUGACUCAAGCACGAACUUCGAGGUACUGAGUGACGCUCGCACACAUCUAUUUGGUUGCCGGUGCAUUCAGCGGCGCUGUCGCCGUGACACCAGCAUCUACAGGCAGGAUGACGCCAGUUACCCAUCUCGCCGUAGGACCAGCUACAUAUCUCACAGCAUCGCCAACAUCCCACCCGUUACCUUCGAUCCCGAGCAUGUUAUUACUCUUCCUCGCCUCACGCAUCUCUGUCGUCAUUUCUAUGUUGGGAUUGGCGUAUGUUAGAGGUGUGUAAACCGACCCUAUCGUUCUGAGUCAGAGAAUGUUGCAUCGUAGCCAACGACAUGGAGCUUACCAGGGGCAAUGCAAUUGACACGGAUGCCUUGUUUGCCAUAUUCUAGGGCCAUAGUCUUGGUCAGGUUGACAAUGGCGCCUUUGUUCGUAGCGUAGGCCAACAACUUUGGGGCGGCAGCACCCAGUCCCGCGACACUGCUCAGAUUCACAAUGCUGCCUUUUGAAUCCUCAUCAUUCUUGAGCAUCUCUGGAAUUGCGAAUCUGGCCAUCAAGAUCAUGCUUUCCAGGUUGACUGAGAACGCAUGACGCCAUCUGUCCAUAUCGACUUCGGUCACAUUUCCAGGCGGUCCUGGAAUUCCGACAUUGUUGACCAGAAUAUCCAGGCGUCCGAAUGUCGAGAUGGCUUGAUCAACGAUCUUCUUGCACUCCGCCUCUUUGGAAACAUCAGCGACGAUACUGACGGCGCUGCCGAAACCUUCGGCUCUGAUCAUCUCCACGGUCUUGUCCGCCCACGCUUGAUUGAGAUCGACGCAAACGAGAGAGCAUCCAUCUUCGGCGAGGAGGAUAGCCGCAGCUCUGCCGUUACCGAUGCCUUCUCCUACACAUCCAGCUCCAGUAACUAUGGCGACUUUCCCCUUGAGGGAGCGGCUGCUGCGCACGACGAGGUGGGGUUCAGACAUUUUGGGUAGAGUAAGGACAAUGGCCUGUAGGAAAGUGUGAGAAUGUCCCUGCACAUUGGGGGCUUGGUGCUGUGGAUGGAUUCCCUCCUUGGGUGCGAAGCAGAGAGCUCAUAUAACAAUCGCUCCAGGUUGAUGAUCUAUAUGCCACGGUUAGUUUUCACUUAGUGACCACUAAGUGAAAGGCCGCUAAGUGAAAGCCAUGCCUGCUGUAUACAUGCCAUUACUGGUAUACACAAUGCUUCUAAUUUGUGCCGCGGAUGUCUUGUAAUCUGAGCGCCGGAUAUCUGGGAGUAUUUUUUCGAUCCUAGAGCUAUUGCCUACCUGCCUAACAUGAAACACCACAGCCGCGGUGAUGACCAUCGACGCAAAAGUCUACGUAGUGCCGCAGCUAGCGCAGCCGUGGCUGUCAAUGUCCGUCGGGCCGCGGGUUACAGGGAUUAGUAGCGGACAGCCUCAUGUAUACUAUGUGACCUAUGAUACAAUCUUUCAAUCUAUACGUAAAAGGUUAUAAUAAUGUGAACUUCAGAAA